AUGAAGUAUCUGAAGCCGUGGUGGUCGGACGGCGGGGGCCUUCUGCACCUCACGAUCCUACUGAGCUUGGCGGGGCUCCGCGUAGACCUAGACCUCUACCUGCUGCUCCCGCCGCCCACUCUGCUCCGGGAUGAGUUCCUGCUCCUGGGCUGCCCCACGAGCUCCGCCUACGCGCUCAGCCCCUUCCCAGCCUCGGGAGGGUGGGGGCGCGCGGGUCAGCUGCACCCCAAAGGCCGAGAGUCGGACCUUGCAGCGCUGUCCGAAGGCCAGCUGUUUCGGGAGCUGUGCGCGCUCGGGGUCCCCUUCAUCCCCCGCACCCGGGUGGAUGCGUGGCUGGUGCACAGCGUGGCGGCCGGAGAUGCCGACGGGGCGCGCGGGCUACUCGGCUCUGCGGCCGCCGCCUCAUCAUCAGCGGUAGAAGUCGGCGCUAGCGUGGACGGCGGCAGCCAGGAGGCAACAGGGGGCGGCGGAGACCCCCAUGAGGCUCGGAGCGGCCCUUUGGCCACUGGAGAAGAGCAGAAGGCACCAGCAGAACCGACAUCUGACAUGCUGGACGCCGGGGGACGCGCCAGCGAGGAAAUUGAGGUACUAAGAGAGAGGUGUGAAGCUGUGGGUUACAGUUCUCAGCAUGAGGAAAAUGAGCCCAGAGUAUCCACUCUGAGAGAAUCACUACAGCCGAAUAACAAAAACAAACAGAACAAAGCAGAUAAGCCUGCCUGGGAGACGGAAAAGACUGCCAAAUCAAGGAGACAUCUAAAUGGAACAGACCCAUCUCUUUGUCUGGAAGACUUAUUUCAGUUGCUUUCAUCACAGCCUGAAAAUUCACUGGAGGGCAUCUCACUGGGAGAUAUUCCUCUUCUCAGCAGUGGCAGUGAAGUCAUGAAUUCCUCAGCACAUUAUAACAUGAAUUUCAGCCAGGCGAUCAGCCAAGAUGUGAGUCUCCAUGAGGCCAUGUUGCUGUGUCCCAACAAUACAUUUAGAAGAGAUCCAGUAAAAAGGACUUCACAACCACAAGAACCAUUUUUGCAGCUAAAUUUUCCUACCAAUCCUGAGCAGACUAAUUUGACUGGAUUUCUUCCACCUGUUGACAAUCAGAUGAGGAAUCUAACAAGCCAAGAUCUUCUAUAUGACCUCGAUGUAAACAUAUUUGAUGAGAUAAAUUUAAUGUCUUUGGCAGCAGAUUUUGAUCCAGUGGAAGUAUCUCAGCUUUUUGAAGAACCAGAUUCUGAUUCUGGGCUUUCCUUAAAUUCAAGUCAGGGUAGCUCAUCUGUCGCCAAGUCCAAUUCCUCUCAGUCUAUGUAUGAGGAAGGGGCUAUAGGUUAUAGUAGUGAUCUUGACUCUUUUCCCCAUGACUUAGAAGGAGCUGUAGGAGGCUACUCACCAGAGCCUAUUUGUCACAGGGAUCACGUAAUUGAUUCAGGUUUUCAUGAUGGAGUUGCAUUUCAACACAUAUUUCAUAACCACACUUACCACUUGCAAGCAGAAUCCACUUCUAAAUAUUUUUCAUGGCCUGGGAUGUCACAGAGAGUAAGCAGGUACCUCAAUGACACAGAUAGAAAUUUAAGCCGAGAUGAGCGGCGUGCUAAAGCUCUGCAUAUUCCUUUUUCUGUAGAGGAAAUUGUCUGCAUGCCUGUUGAUUCCUUCAACAACAUGCUAAGCAGGUACAAUCUGACAGACUUACAAGUAUCACUUAUCCGUGAUAUCAGACGAAGAGGGAAAAAUAAAGUUGCUGCUCAGAACUGUCGUAAACGCAAAUUGGACAUCAUUUUGAAUCUAGAAGAAGAUGUGUGUAACUUACAAGCAAAAAAGGAAACCCUGGAGAGAGAGAGAGCCCAAUGUAACAAAGCUAUUAACAUAAUGAAACAGAAAUUACAUGAUCUUUAUCAUGAUGUGUUCAGGAAGUUAAGAGAUGACCAAGGUAGGCCUGUCAAUCCAAACCAUUAUGCUCUUCAAUGCAGCCAUGAUGGAAGCGUUUUGAUUGUACCCAAGGAACUGGUGACCUCAGGCCACAAAAAGGAAAACCAAAAAGGAAAAAGAAAACGGGAGAAAAGAAACUGA